AUGGCGGAAGCAAAGAGUGGAAGACCUCGGGUCUACUUUGACAUUACAAUCGGAGGAAGGCCACAAGGCCGGAUAGUCUUUGAACUUCUAAGAUCUCCUCCAGUGGUACCGAAGACGGCAGAAAAUUUCCGUGCUCUAUGCACAGGUGAAAAAGGCAUGGGAAAGCAGGGCAAACCACUACACUACAAAGGGUCAAUCUUCCACAGAGUGAUCAAGGCGUUCAUGAUCCAGGGCGGUGAUUUCACGAGGUUCAAUGGAACUGGAGGCGAAUCUAUUUAUGGCGAGAAGUUCGAAGAUGAGAAUUUCAACCUGAAGCAUGACCGCCCUUUCCUCCUGUCUAUGGCCAACUCCGGUCCUGGUACCAACGGUUCGCAAUUCUUCAUCACGACUGUUCCCACUCCUCAUCUAGAUGGUAAGCACGUUGUGUUUGGCGAAGUCAUCAAUGGUAAGAACAUUGUGCGAACCAUCGAAAAUCUUCCCUUGCAGUCAGACAAGCCCCAAGGUGGUGAUGUGGUGGUAGCCGAAUGUGGUCAGCUCGAAGGUGAGAGCUAUAAUACAGCCACUCAGAAAGUGGCGGAUCCUACCGGCGACCCGUACGAGGACUACCCAGAUGACCAGGGCGAAGGCUUGAAAGGGGAGGAAUACUACAAAAUCGCAUUGGACCUGAAAGAAUUCGGCAACAAAGCAUUCAAAGCCGGAGACGUCGGGACAGGGAUUGAGAAAUAUCAGAAGGCCCUCAGAUACCUCAAUGAGUACCCAGCAGCCAACGACAACGACCCCAAGGAUCUGCAGAGCAACAUGGACGCUUUGCGCUUCACACUCCACAGCAACUCUGCUCUUCUCGCCAAUAAAGCCAAGCGCUACGAUGAGGCUCAGAAGUGGGCGGGAUUUGCCAUCGACUCUAUCCCGAAAGACGCCAAAGACACGGACAAGGCCAAAGUGUAUUUCCGGCGAGCACAAGCUCGGGUGGCACUGAAGGACCUGGAGGAAGCCCUCAAGGACUUUGAGCAGGCUGCGAAACUUGCCCCAGAGGACGCUGCGAUCAAGGCCGAGCUGGCCCGGACGAAGAAGACCCUUGCUGACAGCAUCAAGAAGGAGAAGGAGAGCUACAAGAAGUUCUUCACCGGUUGA